AUGGUCCAGAUUAUUUCGAAUUUAGGUGGUGCUUCAACAGCAUCUUUUGACCCCGUUAUUGUGAUUAAACCCAUUCUAGUCGCGUUAUGGUUCCCCGUGCGACUGGUAUUUAUCUGUCGGUUUGUGGUUGCGAAAGCCGUGCGGUUGAUUCAAGCGAAGAAGCUAUAUGUCCAUUUCCCGGAGGCGGUUAUGUCGAUUAACUUUGGGUUCAUCGCUCAUAUGUGCCUUCUAGUCGGGAUAGUUGCUGGUGCUACGUAUGCUGGUACAUCGGGCCUCUUCGCAGCAUAUCUCGCUGGAGCGAGCAUCUCCUGGCAUGAUGAGUUGUUGAUGACAAUCUCUACGGAUUCUUCUACGGAAGGCAUUGAGUUGCAAGAUCGCUCGACUCAAGACAGAGGGAGCAGCUCCCAGUCGAGCACAACAUCGCGACAGACAGAAGCAGUAGUCAUGAAAAAGUAUCCAACAGGAGAAGAAGUCUUCGAGCGCUUCUGCAAAGAGCCACUCAAACGGGUCUUGAGCCUGCUCUUCUUCGCAUCGAUUGGUUUCUCAAUUCCAAUCACCAAAUGUUCCAAGGAGAAGUCGUCUGGUGCGGCGUAG